UAUCUUCAAGAAUAUGGUAGAGGAUAUGGUGGAUGGUUUGCCAUAUUUAAUAUCCCGUUUGGGCUCUCCUUUAAAUUUCAAGAUUUAUAUUUAAGCUUAAAAGGGAAAAUGGGUAAAGAAGAAAACAUGGAUUUGAGCGGUUGUAGUGGUGGCGGCGGUGGCGGUAGAUCGAAAAAGGAGAAGCAAAAAAAAGUUCCACGGAGAGGAUUAGGUGUGGCUCAAUUGGAAAAGAUUAGAUUGGAACAAAAAAAAAAUGAUGCAACAUUAAUAGCAGCUAAUCUUUUGGCCAAAUCAAUUGUUUCACUUUCUUCAAAUUCAAUCCCUUUAGCCCCACCAUCACCAAAUGAUCUUCCUUCGCCUAAUUCUACAUAUAAUCUUUCCCAAUCAAUUCCAUAUAUUGAGUUUUUACAUCCGAAUUCAGUUCAAUUCUCGAAGCCAUUGAUUGUGAGUGGAGGGGAAAUAGGUUUGGAGCAUGGCAGUUGGCCUAGAUUGUGGAAUGGUGAGUACAAUCUUGAAGGGAGAAAUCUUCAUAGAUUCACCAUUCAAGCUCAUACGAUUUUUCCAUAUGAGUCGAACCCUUUUGGGGUUUUGCCUCUUCCGAGUGCACAACAAAGAGUACAUCAAUUCCAGCCACCAACUUCUUCAUCAAUGGGGAAUGCCUAUUCAGGGAUUUCAUCAUCAUCUGUGUUAGAUUUUCAGAUAGAGCCCCCUUCAAACCAAAGUUAUCUUGGCAACAAUUAUAGACUAUUUUGGCCAGAGGAGGAGAAGAUGGUUGGCGGCAUAAAGAGGUCAUAUCCCUUCUCUAUGGAAACUCCUCCAGCCCCUUCUUUCCAUGGAAAAUUUCAUCCCAAAUAUCUAAUCUCCAUUUCGGGAUCAGAUGAAACUGGUUCGUGUAGCAAUGGAUGCACCACACAGAUGGAACCAAGCAUUAAAAAAUGCAGCAGAGAGAACCCUUCGACCCCAGGUCCCCUGCCCGAGCAAAAUCCGAAUGAAGUAACUAGAGAAAAUAGAGGUCUGAAUGGAGAUUUUCUCACAUUGGCUCCUCCAGUUGCUUCCUUUCCUCUGAUCUCAAGACAUAAGCAUCCGUACGCAUAUUCAGGCCAUCAGGAGCAAGAAUUAUCUGAUCUCGAAUACAUUCACAGUCAGGGAAGUGCCAAAGAUCCAGAACGAAGAUCGAUCCAACAACUGCCUUUUACCUUUUUCCCGUCCAAGGUACAAAUCGGACAAGGAUCAAGCUGUUUUGAUUAUGCCAAUGGUGAAAAACGAGAAACAGUUGAUCUCGAUCUAAAGCUAUAGAGACUCUCGGUCUUGUGGUAAUCUUAUCAGUGCAAGUGUGUGAUGUCUCAUUAAAUGGAUUGUGUUAGUCCUUUUUCAUGUUUUCGCGAAUAUGGAGCUGAUUAUGUAAGAAUAGAGCCUUGUGCGAUGAAUUCUUGGCAUUAAUAGGAAAAAGAUGGAGAGAUAAAGAGUGAAUUUUGUUUGUUUGAAGCUAUGU